AUGAAGGGCCCCACGCUCGUUCGGGCAACGUCAACAUUGCCCAACUACGAUUUUCCCGGUCCCACACAAGAUACCCAUUUCCCUCCUAAUCCGAACAAGUCCAAUUUUGUUUCUGCUCCAAGCGGUCCACAGGCACCAGGCGGCAAUCGAGACACUGGCAUCGGAGCACCAGUGGAAACGGGUGUCCCUGGCCAGACAUGGGUUGGCACGACAACUGUCCCCAUAGCCAUUCUGCCAACGGGGGUUGUGAUUGGGUCUAGCACGAUCAGGGAUGACCCAAAUAAUUCGCAGUAUUCGACCGUAGUUACUAUCGGCGGCAUUCCGUAUACCAUCACGCCGGACCAGAUUGCAGCAAUGGGCUCAGCAGUCCAGCGUCCGUCAUGGUCAAAUAACUACAUCUCUGGUCACGGCCCCGACCAGUAUGUGUGGGAGAACUUUGGCGACAAUAUUGUGUACGCGGCAGCGCCUGCUUCGGGCGUCCUGGGUACAAUGUCGGUGCAAGUUAGCGGAAACAGCAUUGUGGUGGACGGCACGUCAUUUUCUAUUCCAGCACAGCCCAGUGUAGGCGUGGUUCAUGGCGAAACAGUGCACCUUGGCCCCGAUGGAGUCGUUGCCGGCGGGCAGACACUGAGCGUGUCGCCCGUGGUUAUGUCGGCCGGCGCUGGUGGCGGUGGGCACUCUGAAGUUGUUGUGGCCGGGGGCACCGUCUUGACACUCGAUGACACCAAUGUUGUGGUUGAGGGCCACACGAUCGCUUACAAUGCUGUUGCUGGCGGGCUUGGAACCUCUUCUGUUCUCACAGUUGCCGGCGAUACCGUCACCAUUGUGCCGGGCCCGAGUAAUGGAGCCGGUAGCCAUGGUGGGCGUGGAGGUGCCUUUAUCGUCAUCCACGGCACAACGUUCACGGCGCCUGCCGCCGGUUCGACACAUUAUGAGUUGGUGGGCGGUGCCACAUUUACCGAAGUAAGCCCGUCGGUCAUUGUUCUCAAUGGGCACUCAUACACGAUAGGCCCGGCCACGAUCGGGGCGAGUGGAGGUCUGGCUGCAGCUGUGGCAGCGUCUGGUGCCACCCCGACAACGGUGGUCAUCGGCGGCGAGACAUUGACCAUUGGACCGGGCGGCGUCACGGUUGGCGGCACAGUCACAUUCCGGUUUCCAUUUGUGGCCACGCCGACGGUUACACUCACAGGCACUGCGACGAUAACAAAUGACGCCGCAAUGAAGCCAGGUCCCGUGGGCGGUCUGCAGUCCGGUGCCACACCGACGCCGACCAGCGCGGCAGGCGGGAGCUCGGCAGGCUUUGCAUCGGCCGAUAGCAACAACGGGGGCCCUGGUGCCGGGUCAAAGAACGCCUCGUCACGGACGACGGUGUCCGUUGCAGCAGUUGGUUUCUCUUUGGUCGUGUCAUUUGCGGCUGCGCUGUCGUCGUUGAUCUAUCUUUUUUGA